UCGAGUCCUAUAGAGUCAAAACAUGCAUACCUACAACAAGCAAAUGCCAAAGUGCAUUUUCGAACUUCACUAGUAAAGUGGUCUUCGAAUAUAGGCUCUUCACAACAUUGUUUCUUCCAUAAAAUUUAAAAAUUCAACUCAUCAUCAUGUUAAGGGAUUAUUGAUCUCCGAUUUGCAUUAACGUUUGCACGCAUAUAACCGGAGUCUUGAACUAUCAGUGACAUUUAUAUUGGAUUUCUAGGAUUAAUUCAUAUGUUUUAUUGACCGAGUGAGAUUCAUGACACAUCAUGGCCGACAACUGCUCCUAUACACCGCUUGCGAAAGAAAUGCUGGAUAAUCUCCUGGAGGAGAAUCCUAAGAUGCUGCCAAUCUUGAUAACAUGUACUUUAAUCACCGCGAUAGAAGCUAUAUUAUUCUUUGAAGCUUGGAUGUGGGUGCUACAACAUAUCCCCUACAGUGAUCGACGAACAUCUAUUGUAUGGAUCAUUGGUAUAUAUCCGGUAUUUUGUGCAACAUGUCUACUUGGUCUCUACAUUCCAAGGGCUGCUGGAUUGUGUACUCUCACUGGAACAGCAUUUUUCGCUGUUUGUCUAUACGAGUUCAUCACAUUGAUCGUUGACUAUUUCGGAGGUCUUGAUGCAAUGAUCACAAGGAUGGAUGGGACUAAGUUCUCUAUCGCCAGACCACCACUCAUGUGUUUGUUUCAAUGCUUACCAAAAGUCAAAAUGACUAGGAGAAACUAUCGCAUACUAGAGGCAUGUGUUUUACAGACUGCUAUCAUUAGACCCGUUAUGCUGUUCAUCACAGAAGUACUUAACAUAGAUGGCUCGAUCGAUGAAAACCCGAGCAUUGCCUCGACCAUCAUGCUCACAUUAAACUGCAUCACUCUCGUGUCCGCCAUCUUUGCUGUCUCAGCUCUAAUCGUGCUCUUCUCAGCGAGUAAAAACUUUCUGAAACCAUACAGAAUACGGAUAAAGUUUCUCUGUGUGCAAACAGCUCUCAUACUCAGCAACGUCCAGUCCGUUCUCCUUGUCAUCCUUACUCGAUUCGACGUCGUUCAGUGCAACAAACCAUUCAAUACACCCGACAGGGGAUAUCAAUGGCAUUGCUUCCUUUUGACAUUAGAAUCUGGUAUCAUGUUUAUUCCUACUCUCAUCAUCUUCCGUACAACCAAUGGGAAUGUGACAAGAAUGAGAGUCCGUCCAAGUACAUUCUCAGGAAUGAUGCCAAGUGACGGCAAACCAAAUGAACAAGAACCUUUAAUUCAUCCUAAAGAUCGUUCAAAAUCGUUCGGUGCUGUCAAAGAAUUAUGACGACAAAAGAAUAAAGAGAAAAUCAGACGGAUGGGGAAGAAGGGAAUCUAUUUCUAUGGAGAUAUAUGAUGACAGACGUAUGACAUUUGUUUGGAACAGAAUCAUUAAUAUAUGCACAUGUAUUUAGCAAUAGCGUUUCUUACAUAAACAAUAUGGAUUUGUUGAAAUCUACAUCAAACAUUCUGCCAGAAGUACAUUAUGAAGUAACCUUGUUUGGAGAAUUUUCAGUAAAAAAGUAUUCUUAAUUUCUACAAAAAUUGUACAUAUUUUUUAAUUCGUUAUUCUUUCAUGUACAUAAAAACCAGAAUUAAAGUUUUAUAGUAUAGUACCUUUGAAUAUGUUACUGUAGACUGACAUGUAUUGUGACAAUUUGUUCUGAAAUAUUGGAUUAAUUAUUGUAACUAACAUUUAUAUGUACAGAGAAUGUUUAUUGAUCUCAUACAUAAAUGUGAUAUCAUAAGGUUGUUUAAUUGGUUAUUUUAUCUACUACCUUGACUUAUUCUUUAUUACAUUAAAGUGAGAUAUAAAUAGUUCAUCAAUAGUAACUUCGCAUGCACUCAACCUAACAUAAUAAACAAUCGGAAAAAAUCAAACAUUUGAUCAUCAAUCAAUCAAUCAAUCAAUCACUCAAUGAAUGAAUAAAUGAAUCAAUCAAUCAUUCACUCAAUACUUUACAAAGUCAAUUAGCCAAUCAUUAAAUCUAUCAAUCCGCCAUAAUAUGAUUGAUACAAUCAGAACAUCACUCACACAAUCUUGAUUUAAGAAAAGAAUUAAAUUAAACAAUAUGACUAGAAGUGUAUAGACAUAAGGAUACAAAAUUGGAUUUAUUUUCAGCUAAAAUAUCAACAACUUUUCAUUGUUAAGUUUUGAUAGAUCUACAUUUAAUUCAUUGACAAUGUUCCUUUUGUAAAUGCAAUAUACGUGAUUGUGUAUGUUUCAAAAUGAAAACAAAUAUGAACUUUUUACAUGAAAUAUAUCAAUAUCAUGUUUAACUCUUGUAUCCCAUGUGAUGCUAUUGAUUUUGAAAUCUCAAAACUUGUUCCUUGCAAAUGCAACAAUUGUAUUCUCAUAAAUAGUUUGUUACCCAAAACUAGGAAUCUCCAAAGGCAAUAUUUUGAAUACAAUCAUGUUACAUGUUACUUUUUCAAAGAGCGGGAAUUACAAACCACAUCAUAUGACAGUAAAUGUAUAUGACUCAUUCAAACAAAGGGACAUGGUUAGAACCAUUUUUACCAUGAUAUAACUGCAGGAUGAAUAACCAGAAAUGUGAUAAAAUCUUUGUAAAUCAAAUUUCAGAGAAAAUCAUUUGUUUGUGUGGCACUGAAGUAGUUAUAGUGAACGAAAAUUUAGUUCACAUCAUUAUCAUCUAGUAACCCUAACCCUAAAA